GUGUAUAUCAACGUAAUGAAGGUAUUGCUGUGAAUUCAGCACGAGUGGCUGCCAAUUUCCGUUAGGAAUCUAUGCUUGACCUAGCUAGUUAGCCAAGCUAACUGCGAUAUCGUUGUCAAACUUAAUCGCCAUCAUGUUGCGCAGCCGAUAUUUCCCAAGUUGUAUAUAUAUUAAAGUAUAGUCUACAAUCACGGUGGGCCAUGAAGUAACGCAUUUAACUCUUUGCCUGGCUAUUGUUCUGUUAGCUUGCUAAACCUGUUAUCAACUCGAUUGCUUAAAGUUUGAAGUAGCUAGCUAACUUUCUGAGAACCUAACUAACGUUAGCUAGCUAAAACCUUUCUCAGUUACCAGUUUUGCAGUCUGGUCAUUGCGGCAUAGCCAAGCCUAAUCAGUGACAUUAGAAAACUAUAGGUAGCUAGCUAGCUAACGUUAGGUGCUUUAUCGUUUUUUCUUUGCAUGUUGACAAGGUCGCAAAUUCAUGACGCUUCAAGGCCAUCCCGAAGUGACAGGUUUCCAAUCAAGACGAGAAACCAGUUCCACACACAAUGCAUUGGCCCGAACUACAGAAAAGUUCAACUUCUGCAUCUGACUGGACCCACACAGUUCAUAGUGCGACACUUGUCCAUUCAGACACAGGACACGCCAAACCCACGGAGCUUGAAGUUCAUCCCUGGUAAGCCUGUGUUGGGGGUGGGGACCCUGGAUUUCCCCUCUCCAAGCUCUGCAGAGUGCUCCUCCUUAGCCAGGGAUCUGUUUGGAAUCGAAGGAGUGAAAAGUGUGUUCUAUGGUCCUGACUUCAUCACAGUGACCAAGGCAGAUGAUGAUGUGGAGUGGACGGACAUCAAGCACCAUGCCAUGGAUGCUAUCACUAAGUUCUUUGACAGUGGAGACCCCAUAACCACUGGGGUGACCCACCAUGAGAGCAGUCACUCUGAAGAUGAUGAUGAAAUUGUUUCAAUGAUAAAGGAGCUUCUAGAUACACGGAUCAGGCCCACGGUGAUGGAGGAUGGCGGUGAUGUCAUCUUUAAGGGCUUUGAGAACGGCACGGUGAAGCUGAAGCUGGUUGGCUCAUGCACCGGCUGCCCCAGCUCUAGUGUCACCCUGAAGAAUGGCAUCCAGAACAUGCUGCAGUUCUACAUCCCUGAGGUGGAUGACGUGGAACAGGUGGAAGAUGAAGUGGAUCAUGUGAAUGCAAAGGUUUUCACCGAAUUGGAACGCAAGUUAGGAGACAUAUAAAACGUCUGUCAGCCCCCAUGCCUAUAGAUAAACAGGCUGUUUUAUAGAUGCCUUGCAAACCAGGUAGAUACUGCUUCCGCUACCUUAGUGCAAUGUUCAUGUUUUCAAAUCAUAUUCAGCAUUGCCCUUUCAAAAUACCAACUGUAGUGUGCUGUAGGCUGUUGUUUUUGUCUUUCAUUUACUCAAAUACUGUAUAUUACUGUUACAAUGAAGAAAGGCCACACACUGACACAUUUAUACUGUUUGUCUCUUCCAUUGUAAAGGCCCAAAACUCUGAAGACGGCAGUUAUGUUAUAUAUUUGAUAUUUAUUUCUCUGCAGGUUGAUUUACAAAUUUACCUCAUGUUUAAAAAUAAUAAUAAUCUGAUGAAAGGACAUUCUGUGAUGGUUUAUAUCUAUCCCUAGGCCAAGCAUGACCAAUUGUUUAUAUGAAAUGAUCACAAGAUAUUGCACAGUUAAAAAGGACAAAAUGAUUUAGCUGUAUAUGUUUGUUUGUGAAUGCAUUGUUCAGGAGUCUACACAUUUAACACAUUUACAUUUAUGGCAUGGGCACAUUUAUAUUUAAUCUCUCGUGGAGAGACUACGUAAACAAAUGGUAUCCUAGAUAUGUCAACGGGAUGCGUGACAUAACAAGGAGCAUUAGUUCCGUUGCUUGCGUUUUUCUUCACUGGUUAUUUAGACACAUCACGAUUUCGUAGGUGUUGGCAUCUUUUGAAUUUCGGAAAAAGAGAGGGGACAUUCGGCCCAUUUUGACUUGCCCGUAAAUUGCAAAGAGAGAGAGAGUGGAGCUCUUCGUUCCGACUCUCAUUCUGUAUCUUCUCCUAAUACGUAUUGACCCAGAACUUAAUCGAGCAUCUGACCAAUUCCACAAUACUUUAGUUCUGGGUUAAUCAAGAUUAAUUUAUAUUCAUCAUAUAGAUUGCAGUACAUCUACUCUUAAAGAAAGCUUUAUGUGAAAUACUGUGAUAAAUGUUGUGCAAUGAUUCAAGUUCUUUGAAUGGAUACUAUCACCCAUUCACUUGUAUAUGCAUUGCAAUUGUAACAGUUCCAACUGCAGUCUUAUAUUGCCGAUAGAGAAGUCCGAAUCAUACUAGUAUCACAAAGGAAAAUGUAAUGGUUAUUUUGUCCCAUUCGUGGAAUCAUCUCGUUGUAUUAUUAUAUUGCUCUUGUUUUCAGAAACCAACACUUGUGGGAAUACCCUAUUGAUAUAGCUUUGCUGUCUUUAUUGAGUUGAUGUUGGAAACAAUCAGAUUUAUCAAAUAAAAUUUGAUUGAUCACAUUAA